CCACUAAAAAAAUACAAAGAAAAAAAAGAUGGCAUGCGCAUGAAAGCCACGCUUCCACAUCACCAGUCUCUCUUAUCUUCUCAUCUCUUUCUAUACUUCCACUCUGUUUCCAAUAUGUGAAACUCAGAAGGGGAAAGGAAGGGAAGGUACUAGAAAAUGGCCCUCCAUGUGCCCAUCACCACCACGAAGUCAUCACCAAUUCCUUCUCCUCUUGUUCCAACCGGUAAUGUUGGCCUCCGGCGACUGUCCGAUCGUUUCGCAUUGAAAUCGUCUUUCUUCUCUUCUUCUUAUUCACUUCACCUAUUGCUUCCUCGUCAUCAAAAGACUAGAGCUGCCGCUGCUACUGCACCGAGGAUCUCCAUGCGUGUCGCCUCCAAGCAAGCCUAUAUAUGUCGAGAUUGCGGGUACAUCUACAAUGAAAGGACUCCUUUUGAGAAAUUGCCUGAUAACUAUUUCUGUCUUGUUUGUGGAGCUCCUAAAAGAAGGUUUAGAGCAUAUGCACCUGCUGUCACCAAGAAUGCUAAUGACCAAGAUGUAAGGAAGACUCGUAAGGCACAGAUUAAAAGAGAUGAAGCAAUUGGGCGAGCAUUGCCUAUUGCUGUUGUGGUUGGGAUUGCAGCCUUGGUUGGUCUAUACUUCUACCUCAACAAUUCAUUUCCUGGGUGAUUGACAUUAUGAUUCGAACUGCAGCACUUAGCAUUCUGUGAUUUUGUUGACAAUUGUUCUUGUAAUCUCUUUUACAUAUGUAGAACAUCUUGUUUUCCACUGCAUUCUUUGUCUUCCAUAAAUACGUUGUCAAAAAUUCAAAUUUAUUCCUCGAUUUCAGCC